GUCUCCGCUGGUGGUGGACAGUGGUGUACAGCGGUGUGGAUAUCUGGCACGCCGCCAGCUGUGCUCUUAAAACGGCGGAAAUAUGUCGCACUCUCCAGGACAACUCUCCGCCCCCUUCCCCUGCUUGCCGGGGUUUGGGAACGCGAGGGGAAAUCGCGAAACUACCGGACAGCCAACUUCGGGCGUGCGUGCCUCUUGACGUCGGGCUUUUGCCCCGUUCAGAUAGUGUUAAAUUCUCUCAAAUGUAAGACGGCAUUGCUCGAUUCAUGAGGUGAAGUCGAGGAACGAGAUGGCACACAGCGGCGUUCGUCUCGGCGGAUGACGCCAGGAAAAAGUUAGACCAUUUGGAAAAGAACCUGAUUGCUUAAAGUGCUCGUUGGGGGAAAUUGUAGCCGAAGGCGAAUGGGGUCAGAAGGAACGCCUCAGCGGAUGUCGCUCAGUCCGCGAGACUGAGUGCCCGUGACGGCGGGAACAUGUGGAAAGAGGAAUAUGAUCAUCACUUCGACUUUCUGCUGGAACUUCUCGAUGCCAGCUUGGUAGAUGUGCUCUCGGACUCAGACUCGGAACUCGGCAGCUUGGAGCAGCUUGCCCGCGGUAGCACGGAUACACUCGCCAAUGGUUGCCGUGCCGACGCUGAUGCCGCAAAGCGAUUGGCCAAGCGCCUGUAUCACCUGGAGGGAUUCAAACGCUGUGAUGUGGCUCGACACCUGGGCAAGAAUAACGACUUCAGCCAGAUGGUGGCGGCGGAGUAUCUCACCUUCUUUGACUUAUCUGACCUGUCACUCGAUCGAGCUCUCAGGAGUUUCCUGAAGGCGUUUCCUCUGAUGGGGGAGACUCAGGAGAGGGAGAGGGUGUUGGUGCACUUCUCCAAGAGGUUCUGCCACUGCAACCCUGAUUCACUCACUUCUGAAGACGGAGCCCAUACGCUGACCUGUGCACUCAUGCUCCUCAACACAGACCUACAUGGACACAACAUCGGUAAAAAGAUGUCGUGUCCACAGUUCAUCAGCAACCUGGACGGACUAAACGACGGCAAAGACUUCCCCAAAGAAGUGCUGAAGGUGCUUUACAACUCCAUAAAGAACGAGAAGCUUGAGUGGGCUGUUGAGGAAGAGGAGUUGAGGAAGAGUCUGUCGGAGCUGGUGGAGGAUCAGUGUGAGGGCGGGGCCAAGAGGGGCAUCCGAGUAACCGACGGUAACAACCCAUUCAUCGCCAUUCCGCUCCUGGUCAACGCAGUGACCUACAAACACGGAGUACUGACCCGCAAGAGCCAUGCCGACAUGGAUGGCAAACGCACCCCUAGGGGUCGCCGUGGCUGGAAGAAGUUCUACGCUGUGCUGAAGGGGAUGAUUCUGUAUCUGCAGAAGGAUGAGUACAAGCCAGAUAAGGACCUGUCGGAGGUGGACCUGAAGAACGCGGUGCGUGUGCACCAUGCCCUGGCCACUCAGGCCACGGACUACAGCAAAAGGCCCAACGUCCUCAAGGUCAAAACCUCCGACUGGAGAGUCUACCUCUUCCAGGCCGCGAGUGAAGAGGAGAUGCUGGCGUGGAUCUUCAGGAUAAACCUGGUCGCUGCACUCUUCUCAGCUCCUGCCUUUCCUGCAGCCAUCGGCUCCAUGAAGAAGUUCUGCAGGCCAAUACUGCCAUCAUCUGGCACUAGGCUAAAACAGGAGGAGCAGCUGCGCUCCCAUGAGAACAAGGUAAAGCAGAUCUCUCUGGAGCUGGAGGAGCAUCGGAGGAGUGUGCCUGAGCUCUCCCCCAAGAGCAAAGACAACGAGGAGCACCGCCUCAAAGAACACUACCUGGCCUACGAGAGGAGUCGUUACGAGACGUACUCGUCGCUGCUGCAGGCCAAGCUGCGUCUGGAGACGGACGAUCUGGACCGGCUGGAGGUGUGUGUGCUGAGUGGAGAGGCGGCCGCGCGAGACGGAAUCCUACGCAAGACGCAGUCCAGCCCGCACAUCAGCCCUGGACACGGCGUCAAUGGACGGAGCACGCCUCGGACACCUCGGAGCUGAACACACACACACACACACGCACACACACACACACAGUAUUCAUACACACACAUGCAAGAACAUUUACUCACACACACACACACACACACAAACACAAACACACACAAACACUAAUAGUAUUCAUGCACACACAUGCAAGAACAUCGAACAUCUUUACACACACACACACACACACACAUACACAAACUCACCCACACAUCCAUCAUCCAUGUUCAGUGCAAGGCAAAUGUCGUUAACAAAUCCCAAACAUAAAUGCUGUACUACAUAGACAGACGUAAAACACACGCACAGACACACCACUCACUCACACCUGACCUUUAACCUUUGCUCUCUGACCUCUGCGCUUGAGAGGAGGAGUGGAAAAGAGGAGUGGAGGGAAAAAAAACAGAACACAAAAAAGCAAAAACUAAACAAAUGUAGCAUAGAUAGCUCCUUAAGUCCUUGGUGCGUGGGCUUAGUGCUGCCAUACCAUAAGUAUUAUAGCUGUUGCCCUGGCAACUGCAGUGUUGCCACUAGCAUCUUAUUCUGUGCCAAAUGCAAAACAGGAAGUGAAAUCCUAGGAGAGGACGGGGCAGAUCGUCAGCAGAGAAACCACGGCAACCACGACGAUUCCACGUCACAGUGACAUCACGCCUGGGUGACAUCAUAGAUGUGAAAUUGUUGGUGGUAGGCCUACUGAUGCCACCAGAGUGUGGUUUAUAUCAGAAAGGGUGUGGCGUAUGGUGUGUGGGUGUGGUUUCCCACAAGAGUUCAGCCCAUCUGACAAAGCAACACAAACCAAGACUCACACAUAACCACACAAACACACACACAAAACAUACAUAUCCCAACAGAGAAACACUCAAAUACAAACACACACUCAUAUACUGUAUACAUACAUACACAAACAUACACAAACAUGCACACAUACACACAUGCACACACACAGACACACGCACACACAUAAAGACUGCCCCAUGUAACAUGUAGAACCACACAGAGAAUUGCACACACAGUCCGUAGUUUCUGUGGACUUUUAACUCUCACAAUAAGAGAGAGAGAGCCUGAACUCUUGACUGACCAUAAUAGUUUAUUUAUUCUUUUUAUUUAUUGUUUGUCUGUUUGUUUGUUUGGGGAGUUGCAGCUCUAUGGGGAGAGAGGAGUUGCUGAGCUAUCUGAGAUUCUCAACACCACACCGUUACUAUGGGCCAGAAUGCUGCAUGAUGGGACAGUAUGGUCCUCCAGCAGUAAGGGUGUACUGCUUGAGCGACACUAUUAUGGGAUGUAUAGGACUGCGUAAUGACCUAUUCUAUGUUUUAUGCACGCUGUAUGUGAAGACUGUGGAGGGGUUGAGGAAAUGCAAAGUAUUUUAUGGAAGUGGGAUGAGGUGUGUGUGUGUGAGGCUGCGUGACAAUGUAUGUCUCCAUAUUCGUAUGAGUUUGAGCGUCUGAGAGGGAAAUAAAGGAAGAUGAACAUGUGACAAAGAUGAGAGAGAGAACGUAGAAUGUAUGGCGGUGUGGAAGAGCGAAGGGUUCUGUUGUGUUGAUGGAGAGGGUUCUGCUGUGGGUGGCCACAGGAGCUGCUGUCUCCUGUGAUUGAUCAGACUACCACCACCUGAUUAAGGACUACACCUCCUACAGCCUGGCUACUGGAAUGGACUACAUUACCAAUCAUCUGUGAAAAGGACUGCAUCUCCCACAAGCUCAAUGCUGAAAUGGACUACCUUCUGUAUGGCUGUUGUAAUGGACUACAUAUACCCUCACCUCUCUGCCUCCAUAGAAUGACCCACGGUUUAGCUCUCCAAUGGAAUCCGUCUUGUCACUGUAACAUUGUAAUAUGUUAUUUAAAAAGUGAAAAAUAUCUAACAGGAAACGCAGCGGGACUGCCCCCACGCUCUCUCCUCUUGAAGCUUAACAGUAGUCCAGAUCAAUGUAGCCGUCGGAGAAAAUGACCAAUCAUUAGCAUCCUUAGAGAGGGACAGCGGGGCGUCAUCCGAGCCUGGAGCCCACGGCGCUGGCCGUUAAACGGUACUACUGUUCUGGAGUCUUCCACCGGGACACGGACGCCUUCCCUGCCCCCUCGCGCCACUAACCCUCGUAGGACACACGUGCUGCUUGGCUUGGUUAGGACACGUGGCACCAUAGACGCGAAGUGAGCUUUUUUUCUCCCCCCUGCAGAUUGCGAGAGAUCUGGGGUGAAAUUAGAAGUGCUUUUUAUAUACAUUCUUAGUAACGGCUUUUCUUAUUCUCUUGUAUUACGCCUCCCCGCCCUGGCUGUUGUGCUGAUAUGACUUUCCCCGGUAUUUAGGGUAGCAAGCAAACGCUGUUGUACUAGAGACUGUGAUUAUCCGUCUAUGUUUAAUCUCGCUUUAACACGGGGAGUUUGGCUGAAGUGAUCUAACUCCGUGAUUGCGCGCUCUCUUUUUCUGGGCACUUUCUUGUCACGUUUACUCUGGAAACAAAUGUUUUUAUUUCAUUGGUCAUGGCUAUUUGUUACAUGUUAGGACACAACAGAUGAAAAGCGCCUUUGCUGGUGACAAGUAAAAGUGCUUCAUAAAGUCCUUUUUUAAAAUAAAUGUGAUUGGUCUGCAUUUCAUUUCCAGUUUAACCUGCAGUCAAAUUCUUAAGUGAAAGGGAUUUUACCUUACCCGUUGUCUUAAUUAGCCUAAUCAAUACCAUGUGUCCAUAGCCUGAAUGUUGCAAGCCUUCAAAUACCAUUAUCCUGCAUGAUUCUAAACACAAAUGU